AUGCCAGCCUCCAACAGAUGGACCACGAUCUUGACGAUUUUGUCUACCACCUCGAUCAUUAUCAGCGCAGCACCUCUGCCACAAGCCUCUGAUUUCGACAAUUCGAUAUCAGGCUUGGAUGCUUCCGGUUCACAGACUUCUUUCAGCUCUUCUUCACCAAUCACCAUGACCGGGGACGAUUCUUUGUACCAGGCUGAAGGUGAUAUGGAUGAGGCAUCUGAGGGUCUCCCAGCAGGUCUUCAAUGGCAAUCCGACGCGCAGAUGGCUGACUUGGACACUUUUUCCAUAUCCAAUUUCUCCUCAGGCUUUCAAAACAUGGCAGUACUAAACGGAUCCCCCAAAGAUUUAUCAGAUAUCUCCUCACAAUCCUUAGAUGGUAGUGUUGUCAGUAGCUGGGAUAACACUAUCAAUUCGUUGCGAGUGACGUAUCCUGCCGGCUCAAUGAACCCAGGUAAUAACCCAAGGGGAGGAUCUACCUUCUACGCACAUCCUGUCAAUAUGCGGAAGGUGCAUAAUGCGACUCUGGAGUACAGUGUGUUUUUCCCGAGCGACUUCGACUUCGUCAAGGGCGGCAAAUUACCGGGAUUAUAUGGUGGUCAUUCAGGAUGUGCGGGCGGCGUGGACGCAAGGGACUGCUUUAGCACCCGAAUGAUGUGGCGAGAAAAUGGACAUGGAGAGCUUUACUUGUACGCGCCUCGACACAGGCAGACACAGCGUUUAUGUUCAUCGCCGCCAUACUCAGAUUGUAGUACCCCUUAUGGCCUCAGUAUCGGCCGUGGAUCUUGGACAUUCCAGCGUGGUGCUUGGACGGAUAUCCGUCAGGAUGUUUGGCUCAAUACUCCUGGGAAGAACGAUGGUGGUUUCAAUAUCUGGAUAAACGGAAAACUGGUGGUGCAAGCUGAUGACGUCUUCUAUCGUGAUUCUGCCGAAACGUGCCUCGCUUCAAUGGGCAACAACGCUAUUUCAUAUUCUGGAGCAAUGCCGUUCAAACGGGAAUCAUCACCACAAGAGGUGGACACAUUCAUCACAGAAGAUUGGCUUUCAGGCAGCGAGGAUCUGGGCAUCGCGGACGUGAACAGGAGGUCGGAAAUAAGUAAGGAGACGUCACUGAUACAAUCAAUGAAAGAUUGGUUGAGUAGUGAGAAGAUGGACAAACGUGCCCCUUACGAUGACGGCCAUUGGAAAGGGAUUAACGGCUAUCCCGGCGAUCCAGGAUACAACGGCGGUAGUAAUAUAGCAACAGGACAGCCUGGAGAAGUUUAUACUUACCAAUUCACCGAAGUUGUCACAAUUCCCACUGCUCUCGCGACUGCUACAAUCACAGAAACGGAGACAGCGACCGUUACCGUGACUGCGGCUCCUGAUGAUCCACCCGCCGAAGAUCCUCCGGCAGAGAAGAGAAACAUUAAACGUCAAGAAGUGCCUAAUGCAAUGAUCACAGGCUCCAUGAAAGACGAUAGCUUUGACGAUAGCUCUUUACCAGAUACUGACGCUACCGCAGUGGAUGCUUUGGGUGCACCUGUCAAACCGAAAGCCCCUGUCAAAGCUAAGCCCACUGUGGCGCCUGUCAAACCUGCCGUUCCUCCCCCUGUCAAACCCCCUGUCAAAACCGUUUCACGGCCAGCCAGCAAGCCCAUUCCUCCACCACCAAAGGUCACGCCCCCUCCACCGGCAGCAAAGCCAGCUCCCCCUGCAACGAAAGCGCCUGUUCCUGCUCCUCCUCCUCCAGCACCAAAAGCUCCAGUACCUGUUGCCCCUUCUGCUGGUAAGGCUCCCAUUGCGGCGCCACCCCCGACGCCGCCUGCUGCUCCCAAAGCACCUACCCCCCCGAAAUUAUCACCUCCUGCUCCUAAAGCACCGGAUGCUCUACUUUCGGUACCAGGCUCCCAAACGCCUGCAAUCAUAACUAUGCCAAGACCACACAGACAUAUACCGAGCGUGGCUUGCGAGCGGGGCUUCAUAGGGCUCUUCUUCUCAACAUUCUUUGGCGGUCACACAGAAUCUUGGGCAUCACCAAGAGAGCAGAACACGUACUUUCGUAAUUUCCGGAUCCGAAUCAAUCAAUAA